AGCGCGCCGCUGUAUGCUGCUGUACCUUAGGUGCUCAGUGAAGCUCAACUGUUGGAGGCAGCUUUUAGCCUCGUCAUCAGCUCUGCCUUGUUAACCUCAACUCGUCUAGCAAUUGUCAAAGACUAGCAACAUCCCCCAUCGCAAAAGAUACCCCGAGCGAUCUUACCAUUUUUCAAGAUACCGCAUUAUCCUACGGACACUCGAGCAAAUCAACUAUCUUGAUAUUUCAACCGGGGCAUCACGGGUCGCUCAAUAUGCCAGGCUUCGACUUCUCAAACUACAACCGCAAUGCGGCUCUCCACGCCCGCGGAGUCCCUCUUCCCAAGGCCACCAGCACUGGAACGACUAUUGUUGGAUGCAUAUUUGAUGGUGGUGUUGUGAUUGCUGCCGAUACUCGAGCCACAUCCGGUCCCAUUGUCGCCGACAAGAACUGCGAGAAGCUUCAUUACAUCUCGCCUCAGAUCUGGUGCGCUGGUGCCGGUACCGCCGCUGACACAGAGUUCACCACCGCCCUCAUCUCUUCUCAACUCGAGCUGCACUCCCUAUCCACAGGUCGCAAGCCCCGCGUUGUCACCUGCAUGACCCUCCUGAAGCAGCACCUCUUCCGCUACCAGGGCCACAUCGGUGCCUACCUGGUUGUUGCUGGCGUCGACCCUACUGGCACCCACCUCUUCACUGUCCACGCUCACGGCAGCACAGAUAAGCUUCCCUACGUUACCAUGGGCAGUGGUAGCUUGGCAGCUAUGAGUGUGUUUGAGACGCAGUGGAAGCUCGAUCUUAACCAGGAGGAAGCCGUGAAGCUGGCGAGCGACGCCAUUCUUGCUGGUGUCUGGAACGAUCUGGGCUCGGGCUCAAACGUAGACGUGGCGAUCAUCACCAAGGACAAGACAACACUCAAGAGAAACUACAUCAAGCCCAACGAGAAGGAUCCCAAGCUUCAGAGUUACCGUUUCCCCAAGGGCACGACGGCGGUGCUGAACGAAAAGAUCAUCAAGAGGGACGAGAUCAAGCGAUAUAUUAGCGUGGAAGACGUACCCGUGGAGGAGAAGAUGGACGUUGACAGCUAAAUAGAGAUCCCAUCAGAACUUUAGAUGAGGUAGGCCGCGGCAUGUAACAACACGCAAUCCCAGUAUACUGCAUACGGGAUCACUGAACAGGCCUUUAUCUGUGGCAGGCGGAGUUGUGACUGAUGAUGCCAGUACAGCUCAAUACAAUAUUUCGAAUGCAAUUAAUUUUCAAAAAGGAAAAGGCAAGUUUUUGUCUAACUUGAGUGCCUCUGCUGCUUUUCCCUAGCUCUUGGAUAUGGGAUGCAGUGUCCAAGACGUGUCCAAGAAUGUGUUGAAUAGAAUAGACAACCACCGU